UGUGUUGCAUGAUUUUCUUAUAACCACUGUGCAUUGUAGUGAUUAAUGUUGGUUUGUGGAAUGUUACAUUGCUCCCCCCUCAUCUAUCUACAUACUACAAAAGGAUGCACCCCAAGUGUUUGAAGAAAUGCAUACUUGAUACUUUUGAACUCAUUGUGACUCUUGCUUCUUAACUAGUCACUUUUGGGUGCACCUUCACAUUCUACAAUCCACCCACUCACCAUUUCAUAAAUUGCUUCCCACUUUUGGUAUUUGAGGGUGUGUGCUUCUCAUGCCUUUUCCUUGCAUGCCUACACUAUCCCUAUACCACAUGCCAAUGAUUUGCCUUGCUCAUCACAUGUUAUCUUCGUUACAUGUUACAGCUGUCAUGUAAUAAGGAUACCCAUAUUCUUACGGCACAAUUUCUCAUUUGCAUAAUCAUAUUCAAUUACGCUUCUUUGGGUUUGAUGUUAUCUCCUUUCCUUACUAUCACAGGAUGGUCAUCAAAAAGAGCAACGGGAAAGCCCCGAAGAAGCCAGCAUCCAAUAGAGCACGCCAGGAACUAACAGCCAAGCCACUCCUAAAGAAGGCUAAGGGCCCCGUUGAUGUUCUAGAGAAGGACAACCCUCCGAAGGAUCCAAACAAGUUCCCUAACCGCUACUGCGAACUUGUUUAUUCAAGGAUGAUUGAAAGGAAUUAUCACCCAGAGCCUCUUCUAGUCCUCCCGGCCCACCUCACUCCGAUAGUGAUGCCACACAUUGACCGGAGGCAAUGGAGGUUCCUCUUGAGGCAACCCAAGGAGGUCAAUUUAUCAUGGGUGGUGGAAUUCUACACCAACUACCACUCACCCCUUCUCACAUCAAUCUUUGUGCGCCGGAAGUAAGUGUCAAUCACAGUGGAAGCUAUCCGAGGAGUCCUUGGGAUUGGGCCGUUAGCGGAUGGAUAUGACGCCUAUCAAGAAGUCUUGACAGCAUGCGACGACCGUGAGUUCGAUUGGAACGCAGUCCUCCGCGUAAUUGCCUCACCCGAAGCAUGUUGGAUUCGGGGGACCAUAAAGCGAAGACCAAAAGGUUUAGAUGCACGCUUCCUCACUCAAGAAGCCACGGCAUGGGCCCAAAUUCUAGCUCACUACGUGCUCCCAAGCACCCAUGGGUCAUCCAUUACCGCCGAGCUUGCCUUAUUGAUAUGGUGCAUCUUAACCGAGAAACCGGUCGACAUUUCGCAUGCCAUUCGCCAAUCCAUGGGGCGCAUUCAUACCAAGGGAAAUCUACCAUUCCCCGCUAUGGUGACCGAAUUAGUGGCGGCAGCCGGCGUCCACCGAGAGACUAAGGAUAGGAGAACCUCAAUCCCGGUCGAGGGCGAUGUUAUUCCGACCAAGAGGUGCCUCAAGCCUCCGGAAGUCACCAAGGACAUUGGACUGCCCACACCAACUCGCAACACCACUACAUCAUCCACGCCACAAAAAUCAGCCACCCAACGCCUUGAAGACCUUCACAAGAAGUUGGACCGUUAUGAGAGGCGUAACCAACGCCGAUAUGCUCACGUGAAGAAACUUCUAAGCAUUGUCACCCCACCCAUGGAGGAUCCAGAUAUCUCCACAUCUACCGCAACUUCAAGCGGAAGUACCGAUGAUAACGGAGAUGAAGGACACUCGGGACUCGGCCAUUGCCACCCAUUGUGCAUCACCUCUAGCACGGAGGACCGUGCUAAGUUUUAAGUGUGGGGAGGUCGGCCGACCGAUCUCCGUAGGUAACACCCAAAUAAAUUUUCGUUUUCUGAACUCCUUUGUAGUAGGAUAGGUUGCAUGAUUAGGUUUUCUUUGAUAUCAUUUGCAUGAUAAGUUUACUUGG